ACUUCUGGAUUUCAAUCGCUUUCUCUCUCCCAAAUAGAUUAUUGAUCUCUGAAGAAUUAUUUACUUACUUGCUCUUGGAUGUAUUUUCAUCCAUAAAGUUUAAUUAAAUUAUUUAAUUUAUUUAUAUUUUGGUAAGAGUCUCAGUAGGACAAUGGAAAUUUGGAAAUGUCUAGGAAAUGUUUUAAGUUAAUGUUUUUAGCUACUUCCAGGAAACGAAAAUAAAUUAACAAGGAAAAUUCCAAUAGGAUUUUCCAAUCUUCUUAUUAAUUAUGACUAACCUUUUGGGAAUCACCGAUUACGUAGUGAUCGGAUGCAUGCUUUCAGUUUCUGCGCUGGUCGGCUUGUAUUUCCGUUUCACAGGUGGUCGGCAAAAGACCACAAACGAGUUCCUUAUGGCUGGUAGGAAUAUGCAUAUCGGACCCGUUGCCUUUUCCUUAAUGGCAACAUACAUGUCAGCUAUUUCUGUGCUAGGAGUGCCUUCAGAGACAUAUUUAUACGGCACUCAGUUUGUCUUGUGGAUGGUGGGAAUGCCCAUCGGAGCGCUUAUAGCUGCUUAUGGAUUUCUACCUGUUUUCUUCGACUUGGAAGUAUCAACGGCAUACGAGUUUCUAGAAAUGAGAUUUGGCAAAACUACUCGAACUGUAGCUGCUAUGUUCUUCACUCUACAAAUGAUUUUAUACAUGGCCGUUGUCCUAUAUGCUCCAUCAUUGGCACUGAAUGCAGUUACUGGAUUGCCCACGUGGGCUUCUGUCAUAUCGCUCGCAUUUGUUUGUACGUUCUAUUGUUCAUUGGGAGGUUUAAAAGCAGUACUGUGGACAGAUGUGUUUCAAGCACUUCUCAUGUACGUCACCAUUAUUGCGGUUGUAGUGAAAGUGUGCAUUAUCAUGGGAUUUAAAGAGGUUCACGACAUUGCUAGUGAAGGUGGGCGCAUCAUUUUUGGGAACUUCUCCACGGACCUCACCCAGCGUUACACUGUCUGGAAUACCGUUAUGGCUGGUGUCCUCUUCAGCUUCCACACUUUCGGUACAAAUCAAGCUCAAAUACAACGAAUGUUGAGCGUCGGAAGUCUCAAGAAAGCGCAACAUGCAUUGUUUCUAAGCCUCCCACUCAUUCUCGUUUUCAACCUGUUCACUUUCUGGGAUGGAGUCGUUAUUUAUUCCUUAUUCCACGAUUGUGAUCCGAUGAAAGAUCCGAAUGUCAAUCUAAACUCUGCAGAUCAACUGAUGCCCUACACCAUCGUUAAGCUGUUCAGUCACAUUCCAGGACUCACUGGGCUGUGCAUUUCCGGUGUCUUCAGCGCCUCACUCAGCACUGUGUCUUCAGCAGUGAAUUCUCUUACGGCCGUCACUAUGGAAGAUUUCAUUAGGCCUUAUUGCUUCUGCCAAAGAUUGAGUGAAUCCUGGAUGGCAUUCAUUGCAAAGAUUCUAGCUGUAGGAUAUGGUGGACUGACCUUGCUUCUAACUUUCAUCGUUGCCAACUUUCGUGGAGUUAUUGAAGCUUCCAAUGUCGUUUUCGGCAUGGUAGGCGGCCCUGUCCUAGGAAUCUACAUGCUUGGGAUGUUCAGUAAAACUGCUAACGAACCGGGCACCUUGAUAGGCUUAGCGGCUGGCUUCACAAUAAAUGCUUGGAUGGGUUUCGGUUCCUACUUCGCCAAAGCAUAUGUCCCGGCCUUACCCCAGAGCCUAGAAGGAUGCCCUUCAAAUUCUAGCAGUGCAACAUUUUUAAACACAACGGAAGAGAUUUUCGUCGAAGGAGGCCUAGAAGCCAUGGGGCUUACGCAAGAUGAAGAAAGAUACGUUUUUCCAGUAUACAGAAUGUCUUUUAUGUGGUUUCCAUUCAUCGGGGCGAUUAUUGUGAUGAUAGUUGGUUAUAUAUUUAGCUUUUUGUUAAGUUUUUGUAUAGAUGUACCUGAUAUCAAGCCACAGACUAUGAGUCCGUUUGUGAGAAAUCUUUAUUUCAAAUCAGACAAUGCAUCAGAAGGAACAAAAGCUAUUUGCCCCGAAGUUGAAAUGAGUGAAAAAAAAGGAAAUGAAAAUCACACAGGUUCUGCGAACAAUUGUCAUACGAACAUUGCUAUGACGGAAUCUUGAUAACGAAAAAAAUAGCUAAUCGAAUUUGUGUAUCAUACUCAUGUUCAACAGCAUAUGGAAUCUCAGUUUUCUAUAUAAAGAUAAAAGUCCCAAACAUAAAAGAAAAUGUGCGAAACAUUAUUGCUGAAUGCGUUGGUCAGUGAACUUUCAUUUGUGUAGUCUACAGCAUUGUGAAAUCACAAUCAUUAUGAAGAUGUGAACUUUGCGCUAAAUCAACCUCAGUUGGUAUUGGCUGCAAUUUUAGAACGUGACUCUGAAAUGCUGUUAUACAGUUCUACGUGUGGAAUGUAAAUGUAUUUCUUUUUUAGAUGUAUGCAUGAUUUAAAAAUAUUGUGAAAUAUCUUUUAAUAGGCUUUAUAUACCAUCAAAACUUUAAAAAUAUUGGUUCUUAAACGAUCUCCGAGUCGAAAAUAAAAACUAGAAUAUAGGUUAACGUCCAACGAGUUCCUCUAUUUAUAUGACAUUUCUCAUACAUUUCUCAUGUUAAAUCAAUUGUAAUUCAAUUGUAAACCAAUUAUUAAUUGUAUUCUAUUGUAUCUUUGUUACUUUCGUUAAAAAAUCCAUAUGGAACUCUUAAAUCUUUAAAAUAAUUAUAACCAGCAUAUGUCAAUCAUUAGUUGGAUUCUAAAGUAAAAAUGUAUCCAUUUUCUGUUUAUUUUUGACUUUAUUGACUUUAGGAAA